CCCCUCGUCUGCGACGUUUGCAGAGCCGCUGGCGAUGAUGGUGAUGCGUCGUUUCGGCCUCGGAAUCAUCUUGGUGGUCGGCCUGGCCGCCACUGUGGAGCCGAUGGUGGCAGCCCAGCCAAGGAUGGCCGACGUAAGCAGAGGGGGGACACACACGCACCGAACCGACCAUGCACCAUGGCAGAUCUGUCCAUUCUUUGUGUUUUCGGUGCUCUUUUGUCCAUAUGGAUGGCUGGAUGGCUGAUCUGUGGCUGCAGGGGUGUGGGUGGGCGAGGGAAGCUAUGGUUCCGACUGCGAGGGGAAGGACUGCAAUGCCGACACAUACGGUGGGCGGACCUCUCUAUCUGUGAGAUCUAUGGACGUGUGUGGUCGUUCGUUCGACUUGUCCGUCUGCUGUGUGCAGGUGCGUCGUUUGUGGGCCGUGGUGAGGAGAUCCACGCCGCUACGGACACCGCCAUGGCCGCCAACAAACACGGUGCGUCCACCUGCACCUAUCUGUACACAUGGCACCCUCUCUCUGUGUGUGCAGGUGCUGUGUUGGGUGCUGGUGAGCUGUCGAUGCUGCAGCAGCAGAUCCAGAAUGGUAGGGCCCUCCACCAGUCCGCCAUGAGCCUCAACGCCCAGGCCCACAAACUCACCGCUGCGGCCCAUGAGCUGAUAGCCGAUAGCCUCAGAACGAUGGCCAACGAGCUGUCCGUCGUGGCCAUCAACGCCGAGCGCACCACCAUGACGAUGGUCGACGACCAAAACACCGGUAGGUACGCCUGGCUGCCUUCGCGCGCAUCCAGUACUCACCUCAUGAAUCCGUCGUGCAGGGUAUUAUUACUGCAGUGACAGCCCGAAUGCCUCCAUGUGCAAGAUUUCUUCCAAUGUGGGCAAGACGUGUGGGAGAAGCGAGUCCGGACGGUGCUUCUGCUACAUGGGCAUGUGCACGGGGUGACAAGGGGUAUGGGAUGGAUGGCACAGGUGCACAAGUAGACGCGCUGUUGCCGAUACACGCACACAACACAUACAGGCACACACGCGCGCCAUGAUAGUGCAUGCAGGCUGGCUGGCUGGCUGUGUGGCUGUCUGUCUGUCUGUCUGUCUGUCUUUCUGUCUGGUUGGGUGCGAUUGCAUGGCAUGGCAUGGCUGGAUUACUUUAAUGGACACCGUGUGUGUGUAUUGGGUUGACGAUACAUUUCUUUCCCACUCACCUGACCUCACCUUCUUAGUCAAGCGCUCCACACGACGGAUCAUCUCAGUAAGUCAAGAAACUCAUCAACGUAUCUACCUACAGGUACAUGCCAUGCCGACAGAGAGAAGGUCGCAUCCAUCCCAUCCACUGAAUGCCCCGCCCCCAACACGCAUGGCA